AUGGUGGGCCACCUGCAUCUGCAGGGCAUGGAGGAGAGCCUCAAGGAGAAGAGCAGGGAGGGCGUGCUGGACAGCCCCGACUCCGGGCUACCCCCCAGCCCCAGCCCCAGCCCGCCCUUCUACUCGUUGGCGCCUGGCAUCCUCGACGCCCGCGCUGGGGGCGCCGGCGCCUCCUCCGAGGCCCCCGGACCCGGCGAGGCCAGAGCGCCCCCCACCCACCCCCCGAGCACCCCGGCGCGAGAGAUGAGGCCCCGGCUGCUGCCUGUGUUCUUUGGGGAGAGCAUUGAGGUGAACCCAGAACCCACACCAGAGAUCCGCUGCAAUUCUGAGGUCAAGUAUGCAUCGGAGAAGCACUUCCGGGACAAGGUCUUCUAUGUGCCGGUGCCGACGGUCACGGCCUACAGUGAGACGAUUGUGGCCACGCCCAACUGCACUUGGCGGAACUACCGUAGCCAGCUGACCCUGGAGCCGCGACCCCGCGCCCUGCGCUUCCGCAGCACCACCAUCAUCUUCCCCAAGUGUGCCAGCAACUCCUUCCGCACCACCCUGCACCUCAGCCUGGGCCGGCCCCGCUGCUGGUUCACAGCCAGCGUGCAGCUGCAGCUGUGCCCGCGCCCCGGGCCCGGCCUCUUGGGGCCCGCGCCCCUCUGA